UUAUGAACUCACAAUCGCGUAGCUUUUCAUAAUUUGCUAAAUUUGUAUAGGAUGCAAAUCAAUUUAUUUUUAUUAAGAAUCCUUUAAAAUAAUCGUAUUAUUUGAAAGUCUAAAUUUAUUUUUAUAAUUCACCAAAGUUCUACACUUUAAACUAUAACGUCGGAUUAGUUUCAUGUUUGAAAAUUGAAGGCGUAAUGGAUUUUGAAAACACUGCUACCGUUUUAGAAGAAACAGAACAGGUUAUACGAGAAUGCUUCAAUCAAUUCCAAUUAGACGAAGUGUUCCUAUCGUUCAAUGGCGGGAAAGACUGCACGGUUUUGUUAGACGUCACAAUAAACGUAUUAAAAGAUUUAUACAAAAGAGAUGAUAUAGCAAAAGACGUUAAAAUCGUAUACAUAAGAACAAUUGGUCCGUUCAAGGAAAUUGAAAAUUUUGUAAAACAAAUAGAGAAGCAUUAUGGUGUUAAAAUAAUAGUAACGGAGGGAGAAAUUAAGACGACACUACAAAGGACAAUGGAGCAGGAUAGCAAAUUAAAAGCAUGCUUAUUAGGAACGAGACGAACAGAUCCGUACAGCGAACGAUUGAAAUUCAUGCAGAAAACAGAUACCAACUGGCCACAGAUUGUGAGAGUAUCACCAUUAUUAAAUUGGAGUUAUCAUCAGAUAUGGAGUUACAUCCUGCAGAGACAAGUGCCCUAUUGUAGCCUUUAUGACAUAGGAUAUACAUCAAUAGGGAGCAUUCAUAAUACAUGGCCCAAUCCCGCACUCGCAUACAAAGACCCUUACGGCCGAAUGAUCUAUCGACCUGCAUGGAUGCUCGCUGACCCGGCCCUAGAGAGAGCUGGGCGAGGUACAAAUAAUAUUAACGUAAAUGAACACGCAGUACAAAGCCCUAUAGAUAAAUGCCACAUAGGUGAAGUAAAAUCAGAUGUCUCAUGAUAUGACUUAAAUCGGCUCAAUUUGAAUUUUGAACGUAACUUGGUAACAUCUAGAUUUUUUUGUACACUAAAAUUGACUUAUGACGUUUGGCAAGUGACGACAGUUUCGUCCCUAAAACUAACUAAAUAGACAUUAAAAGUAAUAUUGCCUUAUGACUAAAAAAAAAUUAAUAUUAAAAAUUUUUUUUUAAUACGCUUAUCUAUGCAAAAUUUCGUAUUUAUGCUGUUGACCAUUUAAGAUUUCCUUCAUUGGGAGCCAAUCUUGAAUGUAAAUUAUGUUACCAUAAGCAAAUAUUUCAUUAUUAAUUUACUAAUUGGUAAAAUUUCAGCUCCGUAGUAUAAGAAGGGGUUCCAAUAUAGCUUGUAAAAUUUUACUUGAACUGAAAAACAUUGCAAAUUAAAAAAACAUUGUAAACACUACUUCAGCUAUCAACUGACGGACAAAAUUAACUUAUAUUUCUAGUUCACCGAGGUUUAUAGGUUGUAUUAUUUUUUGUAAAUGUCUGCAUUUUUGUACUCGAACAAUCAUAAAAACAUAGUGUGAUAAUGUUUAUAGUUAACUUAUUUAUUAAUGAUUUCAUUUCGCCUUUAGUCAAUUUACUGUUUUUUUUUUUAUUAUAAUCUAUCACUACCUCCUUUAAAAACAAGUAUAUACUUUAAAUGUAUCUCUAAUUUAAAGUAUAAUUUAUAUUUAAAUUUUAUAGAACAGGUUCUUAAUUUGAAUGUUACUUAAAUGUAUGUGUAAUUGAAACUCAAAUGUACUUAAUACUCUCACUAAGCAAAUAACCUCUGAACAUUUUUAAUAAUUUGUAAUAUGGCGCUUAAUAUCUAUUACAUGAAAAAUGUACUGAUUAAAAAUAAACAUCACUUAAUAAGUCAUGAAUAAAUUACAUGUAAUUUUCAAAACACUGAAUAAUCCUAAAUGUUAAUUUGCAUUAAUUUAAUUUAAUUUUACUGAAUUAAAAUUAAAAAAAAAUGUAUACUUAUUAAUAUUAAUUUUUAUAUUAAAAUCACAUUGCUCCACUAUUUUUUUUGUAUAUUAUAAUUGAAACCCCUAAAUUACAUUAAUUAGUAUUAAGUAAGCGCUAAAAUGACAAAUGACUAGUUGUUAUUUUUAUUAGGAAGUCAGACUGACAAAUGUACCUGACAUUAAGUGGCUACGUUCAAACUCUUCAAAGAUACUGGUGGAGUAACAAAUAGAAUCUUAACCCGGUCAAGUCACAGCCAACCACUAACUUGAGAUUUUAUAUCCCUUGUGCCAAUAUUUACACUUGCCUUUAACCUUUUCAACUGGAAAAGCAAUUCUGUUUGGCGUUUGAAUAAAUGCUGAGUUGGUUAUAUAAAAAACCUGGAUGACUUUGACAUUAAGUGGAACAGUUUAUAUGGCGAUUGAAAGCUUACGUACAUCACUAAUAAUGUUGAAUUGAACUCAAUUGUUACCAAAAAUUAAAUUUCUAUUAUGUCAAGAAUUUGUUCCUGUUUUGAAACUGAUAAUUUGAAAGUCAUAUUUUUGUUAAGUUGUGCUGGAAUUUUGAACCAACAAUGGGAUUGAUUGUACCAAGUGCGGGUGGAUGACUAAAUCUUUGACAGUUCUCUUAUAUUACGGCCAAUAACUGACGAUAGUAUAUAGACCAGAAUGCUUUGAAAAUGCAGCCUGAGUAGCAUCGCUGAGUCCAUGUGUGCGUUGAAAAGUAAACCUCAUUGCGAAUAAUCUCAAUAGGUAAUGGUAAUGUAUGAAAAUAUAAAUCGAAUUGUUUUAAAUGAGUACUUUAUUUUAUUAUUAGUUGAAUAAUAUUAAACAGAAUUUGAUCCUUUUACCGAUAACGAGCGAUCUGUAGAUUGGUGUUGCCAUAAAGGUUUGAAUGAUUUUUUUUUUUAAUAAACUAUUAAAGUUAGACUUAAGAGUUAAAUUUGUGUAAAAUAUUCUUCAAAAACGGCUUCGAAACUCCUUUGAACUUUUUUUAAGGGAAGCGGACAGCUAAACUUAGCCAUCGUACAUAGAGGCGCUCUAAGAAAUAUUCACCAUUCCUUAAACCAUCAAUGUGCCACUAUUCACUAACAUUGGAAACUAUGAUGUUAUGUGCCUCUUAUCUACAAGUUCACUGGCUCUCUUACGCUCACGCCAACCGGAUCACAACAAUACCUAAGUAUUGCUGUUAGGCGAUAGGGGGUGGUACCUUCAGGAUAUGAAGGGCUUGCACAAAGUCCUACCACCAAGUUUAUUUCGUUUUUCCUUUUAAUCACGCACAUUUCAAAAUGCAUCCAUAUAAAUUAAAGAUACUUAUGCCGGUAACAGCCUAAAUUUUGUUGUAACGAUAUUUCAAUGUAAUUAACAAUUUGAAUACGAUUCAAUUAUUUAUAUUGAGAUAUAAUAUGAUUUAAUUAUUUAUAUUAUUUUAACCGUCCAUAGGUAUUUUAGUAUGCAGCUCUG